GUGUUUGCGUCUUAUGGUUAAACACAGUUGUUUACAUUAUGUUCUUUUGUUAAAUGGCUCUUUAUUAAAGUAUUUAUUUUGUUAAUUUUUUGUGUCAAAAAUUUAGUGUUUUAAAUAACGAAAUGGCAGUCGACAAGGUUGACGUUAAACAAAAAUCACGCAAAGCUCGUCAACAAGCCAAAAGAGUUCAGAGAAGAAAUCAGUUGAAUCAACAGAGAAAAAAGAAGCGAGAAGCUAUUCUUAACCAAAAAAGAAAGAUUGGUUAUGAUAAUUGUCCACCUAUAUUGGUAACAGUAUUCAAUAAUAGUGGCAGACCCGUUGACGAAUUUCUUGGUUAUUUAGAGAAAUGUUACAAAGAUUUAAUAAUUGAUCGCUCUCAGAAAGGUUCGAUUUUCGUGAUUGUUCCUCGAUUUAAGGUCAGGUAUCAGUUCUUGUAUCCAUCCGAUGACCUUUUCUAUAAUUUGGACACAGCUAAAGUAGCUGAUUUGCUUCUCAUCCUGCACCCAGCUGAAGCUGACGAGAACUACUCAUUGGCUGAUAAUGAGCUUCUUAAUAGCAUUUAUCAUCAUUGCUUACCGACUACUAUGCAUAUUGUUUGUGGAUUGGAAGAAAUUGCUAGCAAAAAACGCCAACAAGUAAAGAAAAAUAUCCAGAAAGUUAUUGAUACUAAAUUCCCGGAUGAAAAACUCCACAAAAUUGAUACCGCGACUGAAGUUCUACAAUUACUGCAAUUAAUUUGCAAUUGCAAAAAGCGAAAAGUCGCUCUACAUAAUUAUCGAUCUUCAUUACUAGCUGACAAAUAUGAAUAUAAUGAAACGGAUUCAUCACUUAAAGUAAAUGGUUUUAUUAGACACAAUCAACUAGAUGUAAAUGGAUUAAUUCAUAUCCCGGGUUGGUCAAACUAUCAGAUAAGAUCCAUCCGUAUUCUCGACGAUCCAAGACCUUUAACAACAAAUAAUAAGUCAAAGGGAACUGAUCAACAAAUGAAUGCUGAUAAAAGUGUUGAAGUUCUCAAACCAGACCCGAUGAAACAAGAAUCUUUAGAAAGCGAAAACGAUCUUGAUCCUAUGGAAGGUGAACAAACUUGGCCAACGCCGGAGGAAUUAGCAGCAGCAACUGAUAAAGCCAAAAAGAGGGUUGUUAAGGUUCCUAAAGGUACAUCAGAUUACCAAGCAGCUUGGAUAAUAGAUCCGGAUGAGCCAGACGAAAACAAUGACAGCAAAAGUACUUUUGACGAUGACAGUGAAGAUGACUAUGAUGAAGAAGGUGACGACCAAUUAGACAAAGCAAUCUCUGACGAAGAAAGCAACGAAGAUGACCAAGAACGGGACGAAGAUCAAGAAUUUGACACAUUGACCAUUACCGAAGCUGGUGACGCUGACUAUGAUGAAAAGAUGGACAUUGAAGAAGAAAAAACUGCUCUAACUAAAUUUCGAGAAGCAAGGGAAAAUGAGUUAUUCCCCGAUGAAAUUGAUACACCAACUGAUGUUGCAGCUCGUCAUAGAUUUGCUCGUUAUCGGGGAUUAAAGAGUUUCAUCCAUUCUCCCUGGGAUUCAAAAGAAAAUCUACCAUCCGAUUACUCAAGAAUCUUCCAAUUUGAAAACUUUGCACAUACGCGAAAGAGAGUAAUCAAAAAAUUACGAGAAGAAAGUUCGACUGCAGUCCAACCUGGUUCUUAUGUUGAAAUUAUUUUGGAAAAAGUUCCAAGUGACUUGAUUAAGUUUUAUGACAACAAAGAUUCGUCAUCACUCUCUCUUCCAUUAGUUUUGAUUGGUCUUCUUCCUCAUGAACAGAAAAUGUCUUUAAUCAAUGUUGUCCUUCGUUCAGUUGACCAUGACGAAAAUGAUGAACCAAUCAAAUCCAAAGAUGAAUUGAUUAUUCAUCUUGGUUUUCGACGUUUCGUUACUCGUCCAAUUUUUUCAGCUCACACGAAUGGAGAUAAAUUCAAAUUGGAACGAUUUCUUCCUAAAGAUGGUUCUAUUGUUGCCUCAUUUUACGCCCCAAUCACUUAUCCCCCAGCCUCUGCAGUUGCUUAUAAAAAAUGUAAAGAUGGUUCACACAAAUUGGUUGCUGUUGGGUCACUGUUAAAUGUCAAUCCCGAUCGUAUUGUUAUUAAACGAAUUAGAUUAAGCGGUCAUCCAUUCAAGGUUGUCAGUAAAUCAGCUGUAGUACGUUAUAUGUUCUUCAAUCGUGAAGAUAUCAAAUGGUUCCAACCAGUUGAACUGCGAUCUAAAUAUGGUAGACAUGGGCACAUUAAGGAACCGCUGGGAACUCAUGGACAUAUGAAGUGUAUUUUUGAUCGACCUUUAACAUCAAAUGAUACUGUUUUAAUGAAUUUGUAUAAAAGGGUUUAUCCUAAAUGGUGUUAUAGGGAACAAGUUGAAAGACCGUUUACCAGCUCAAUGGAUAUGGAUGAAAUGUCCUCAUAACUUGCAUAAAUUUGAGAAAGAUUCAUCUUACUUUUUUUGUGAUUUAAUUUUUUUGAGAUCUCUUUAUUGAAUGUCAUCAAAUUGUUGUUAUUUGACUCUAAUGAUUGGAAUAAACCAUAAUUAUGACACUUGGUUA